UUUUUUUUUUUUCGUACGUACUUAUUAUUCAUGACCCAUGAUGACCGAUUUGGGAUGGAUUCAGACAAUGACGAUGAAGCUAUUGAAUUUGCGACAUAUGUAGAAAGUGACGAUGAUGACGAAGAUCCUUUUUAUAUGGCGGAACACAAUAAAAAAUCAAGUACUCUCUCAUUCCAAAGAUUAUCAUGUUCACCUGUACAGUUACUUCGAUUCAUGGUACCAACUCUAUGUAUUCUUAUUAUAAUUGUUUAUACUACGGUUAUUGGUGUGCUGACCCACAAACGAAGAAACCCAGUGUAUCCCUGAUAUGACCAGAAGAGGACUAUCCCUCUACCCAAUUCACUCUUUUUACUGUCCCUUAUAGAAAACUCUCUCUCUCUCUCUCUACUGUCUCGAUCAUUGUUGUUUCAUGAUUUGUAAAUAUUCCUAUCCUUUUUUUAGUUUACCCUGUCCACAUUCUUUAGCUUUUACACAAUUUUUAUUAUAUCUGAUUGAUUUGAUGAAUGAAUGAAUAAAUAAAAAAAAUGAUAUUGAUGUGAUCAUGAUUAAAUUUUC